UGUUAAAUAAUUCUCUAAUGUCUCUACUUUAUUUAGGCUAUCGUUUGGAAGCAAUGGGUUUAAAACCUUUCACCUACCCAUUUCCAGAGACAAGGUUUCUUCAUGCAGGAUCCAAUGUAUAUAAAUUCAAAAUCAGAUAUGGCAACAACAUCAGAGGGGAAGAUGUAGAAAAUAAGGAUGUCAUCGUCCAGGAGCUGGAGGAUUCUAUUCGUGUAGUCUUGGGAAACUUGGACAAUCUGCAACCAUUUGCUACAGAACACUUCAUUGUGUUUCCCUAUAAAAGCAAAUGGGAGAGUGUGUCCCACCUGAAAUUCAAACAUGGGGAAAUUGUCUUGGUUCCCUACCCAUUUGUUUUCACUCUGUAUGUGGAGAUGAAAUGGUUUCAUGAAAACCUGUCACCUAGAAAACCAAUAAACAGCAGUCCUCUUGGGUUGCUGGUGUUAAAAGUUGCCUUUGGCAGUUUAAAGAUGGGGAGUUCUCUUCACUGUGCCUUCAUUUGAGCAAACCUGGAAAAGGAGGAGUCACAGGAGUCUGGUUCCUCUCUAAAGGUCCUAGCAGAGAAGAAAGCAGCAGGACCCAUGAUGAGGAAACGAAAACGCAUAGAAGUGCCCGGCUCCCCCAGCAGGCCACGGCUGGACAGGGCCAAGAUGGGGACUUCCAGCCAAGGGCUCAGCAAAAAGAAGCCCCCUGUGGAAACCAGGAGGAACAGGGAAAGAAAAACCCAGCAAGAAUGGCAGGAGACCCCAGCGUUUGAUACCACAGAUGUCCAACACCAGGAUUCUAAGUGGGAGGAUAGCCCAGCAGGGAAGAUUAUCCCACCAUUGAAGCAAAACAAUCCACCUCCACCUGAAGGACCCACAGAGCUGGGAACCAGUGGCUUCUUUGGGUUUCUAAGGUAUUUCUUCAGAAAGAGCAGCCAGUGA